UACACACAGCUCUCCACAUUCGUAUCCCUGCCAGCAAGCCGGGCCGCCUGACCACACGGCUUCCCCGCCAGCCAGGUGCUGGAGAACACUUUGAUUUGAAGCUUUCCAAGCCCUUAGUCAGUCUUUUUCCCUAUAUAAAGACUUAAAUAUAUAUAUAUAUACCUAUAAUUUUUUUUUUUUCACUUUCCCUCCGGAUCUCCUCCUCUGUCAGCCUGCGCGCCUCCUAGCCCCACUUUUCAUUCCCAAAGAAAAUGCAGGGUGGCUGUGUCUCCCAGUGGAGGAAGGUGGCCGCUGGGCUCCUCUUCUGUGUCAUGGUUUUUGCAUCUGCUGAAAGACCGGUGUUCACGAAUCAUUUUCUCGUGGAGUUGCAUAAAGGGGGAGAAGAAGAAGCUCGCCAAGUAGCUACAGAACACGGCUUUGGAGUCCGAAAGCUACCCUUUACGGAAGGCCUGUACCACUUUUACCACAAUGGCCUUGCAAAGGCCAAAAGGAGACGCAGCCUGCACCAUAAGCAACAACUGGAGAGAGACCCCAGGGUUAAGAUGGCCUUGCAGCAGGAAGGAUUUGACCGAAAAAAGCGAGGUUAUAGAGACAUCAAUGAAAUCGACAUCAACAUGAAUGAUCCUCUUUUUACAAAGCAAUGGUAUCUGAUCAACACUGGGCAAGCUGAUGGCACUCCUGGACUUGACUUGAAUGUGGCAGAAGCUUGGGAGCUGGGUUACACAGGGAAAGGUGUCACCAUUGGAAUCAUGGAUGAUGGGAUUGACUACCUGCAUCCAGACCUCGCCUCCAACUAUAAUCACAAAGCAAGUUAUGACUUCAGCAGCAAUGACCCCUAUCCAUAUCCCCGGUACACAGAUGACUGGUUUAACAGCCACGGGACCCGAUGUGCAGGAGAGGUGUCUGCUGCAGCCAACAACAAUAUCUGUGGGGUCGGGGUGGCAUACAAUUCCAAGGUCGCAGGUAUCCGGAUGCUGGACCAGCCUUUUAUGACAGACAUCAUCGAAGCCUCCUCCAUCAGUCACAUGCCACAGCUUAUCGACAUCUACAGUGCCAGCUGGGGCCCCACAGACAACGGGAAGACGGUGGAUGGGCCCCGGGAGCUAACACUACAGGCCAUGGCCGAUGGCGUAAACAAGGGCCGAGGGGGCAAAGGCAGCAUCUAUGUGUGGGCCUCUGGGGAUGGCGGCAGCUAUGAUGACUGUAACUGUGAUGGCUAUGCCUCCAGUAUGUGGACCAUCUCCAUCAACUCAGCCAUCAAUGACGGCAGGACUGCCUUGUAUGAUGAGAGUUGCUCCUCCACCCUGGCCUCCACCUUCAGCAAUGGGAGGAAGAGGAACCCUGAGGCUGGCGUGGCAACCACAGAUUUGUAUGGCAACUGCACUCUGAGGCAUUCUGGAACAUCCGCAGCUGCUCCCGAGGCAGCUGGCGUGUUUGCACUGGCUUUAGAAGCUAACCUGGCUUUGACUUGGCGAGACAUGCAGCAUCUGACUGUGCUCACCUCCAAGCGGAACCAGCUUCACGACGAAGUCCAUCAGUGGCGGCGGAAUGGGGUCGGCCUGGAGUUUAAUCACCUCUUUGGCUAUGGUGUCCUUGAUGCAGGCUCAAUGGUGAAAAUGGCUAAAGACUGGAAAACCGUGCCUGAAAGAUUUCACUGUGUGGGUGGCUCCAUGCAGGACCCUGAGAAAAUACCAUCCACUGGCAAAUUGGUACUGACCCUCACAACCGAUGCUUGCGAGGGGAAGGAAAAUUUUGUCCGCUACCUUGAGCACGUCCAAGCUGUCAUCACAGUCAAUGCCAGCAGGAGAGGAGACUUGAACAUCAACAUGACCUCCCCAAUGGGCACCAAAUCCAUCUUGUUGAGCCGGCGCCCAAGAGAUGACGACUCCAAAGUGGGCUUUGACAAGUGGCCUUUCAUGACCACGCACACUUGGGGGGAAGACGCUAGGGGAACCUGGACCCUUGAGCUAGGGUUUGUUGGCAGUUUGCCCCAGAAGGGGGUGCUGAAGGAGUGGACCCUGAUGCUCCAUGGUACCCAGAGUGCCCCUUAUAUUGACCAGAUCGUGAGGGAUUACCAGUCCAAGUUAGCCAUGUCCAAGAAGGAAGAGCUGGAGGAGGAGUUGGAUGAAGCUGUGGAGAGAAGCCUCAAAAGCAUCCUGAGCAAGAACUAGUGCUGCCAGUUGUCUACACCACCUUCUUCCCUCCCCAUCUUUGGCACUCCUCCUUAGCUCCACUCUUCUAUUAGGUGCCCAGCAAUGACUGUCACCCCAGACAAGUGAUUCCAUCUUUUCGCUCGGACGCUUCGCUCUCUGUCAAUGAUUCCUUUCAGUGCGAUGGAAGCAAUCUUUUUUAUUCUGUGCCACAAAAUAUAUCGU